GAGAGACCUUUUUAUAUACUUUUCAAAUGUAAAAUAAUACUUUUGAUUAUAAAUUCUUAUCAAUGGACAACUGUUUCAUCAACGUUGAAAAUUCCUUCCGUUGUGCCUGUUGUUAGUGAAGAGUUUGUCAAACUUACAAUAACCACAUAUACCUCUAUAGGAGCUCGAUACAAACGCUCAAACCCUCGUAAUAGUACAAUAGGACAAGGGAAUCAAUCAAAAUUUUUAAAUUCCGAACCACCAGUUAAUUCAGUGGGCGCAUCAAAUCACACAGGAUCUCCAAGUUCUGGACAGCCCAUCAGUUCCAAUGGACAAGGGACACCCACAGGGCUUAAUACGAAAGGAGCAACGACAAAUCAACCUAGUUCAGGAUCACCUGUAGUUCCAGCUAGUUCCACAGUUCCACGAAAUCCUAUAGGUUCAUAUCUCCUUCCUAAUGAACUCCGUGUUAGUUUUAUUCUUGGCAAUGAUACAGUUCAUCUAGAUUUGAUAAAAAAUAAACAAUUUGGCAAAAAUAUAGUUCCUGUGUUCACCAAGUUCUCGGAUGGCAGUAUCGUUCAGCAUGGGCUCUCAGCAGUUAAGCAUGUUGGUUCAUAUUAUACAGACAAAGAUCACACGCAUAAUGUACAUCUUGAAUGUAUGUCCAAUUCAAGCAGCACAUGUACACACUAUAGACUUUUUGGAUCAUUUGAGCAUAACUCUGACAUGCACCUGAUAGAACCAAAAGUUCAACCAAUUGACCUUGGUGAUGAAUGCGAACAUCUUCAUCGUGUUGUAAAAACGGAUCAUAUCGAUGGGGUAAAACUCGACCACCUACCUUUGACUGGAGUUAAGAACAACAUAGCACCAACGUCAUUACCAGCAAAUAUGAAUCACUCAGCUCCUACGAACAUUGUGACAAUACCGUCGAAUAAGGACAACUCAACGGCUAUAAACAUUGCGUCAACACCAGCGCCUAAAAACCACUCAGCUCCUGCGACCAUUAUGUCAACACAAGCCAAUAAUAACCAUUCAACUCCUACGAACAUUACCAAAAUAACGACAAACAAUGAACAUCACACUCCUAUGGCAAUUACAUCUUUACCGACAAACAGGAAACAUUCACCACACAAUAUUAAAAUUGCACCAGCGAAGAAAAAACAUAGAGGUUCUAUGAAAAUUAAAUCUGUGCCGGCAGAAAAGAAAAUUGCAUCACCUAAGGAAAGGGCACCAAUACAAGCAAAACACCCCAUUCCUAAGAAAAUUACAUCCAUACCAGCAAAGAAUAAACGUCCAAAAAGUAAAUCACUACCAGUGAAAAAUAAAAUCCCUACACCUAAGAAAAUCACAUCCAUACCAGCAAAGACAAAACAAAGCACUCCAAAAACAAUUACAUCAGAAAAAAAUAAGAAGAAACGUACAGCUCCAAAAUUUAAAUCAAUACCAAUGAAAAAGAAACACCGUACAGCUAAGAAAAUCACAUCAAAGCCAGCAAAGAAAAAACACAGCACUCCAAAGAAAACUACAUCAGAAAAAGAUAAGAAAAAAAGUCUAGCUCCAAAAAUCAAAUCAAUACGAAUGAAAAAGAAACUUCUGACACUUAAGAAAAUCACAUCGAUAUCAGAAAAGACAAACCAUCGUACUCCAAAGAAAAUUCCAUCAUUACAAACUAAGAAGAAACGUCCAGCCCCCCAAAUUAAAUCAAUACGCGUGAAAAAUAAAAUCCCUACACCUAAGAAAAUCACAUCGAUACCAGCAAAGAAACAACAAAGCGCUCAUAAGAAAAUUACAUCAGAACAAGAUGAGAAGAGACGUCCAGCUCCACAAAAUAAAUCAAUACCAACGAAAAAGAAAUAUCCUACACCUAAGGAAAUCACAGCAAUACCAGCAAAGAACAAACACAGCACUUAUACGAAAAUUACACCAAAACAAGCUAAAAAGACAAAUCCAGCCUUAAAGAUUAAAUCAGUACCUUUGAAAAAGAAAGACCCUAUCCCUAAGGAAAUCACAUCAUUACAAACAAAGAAAAAACACAGCACUCCUGACAACAUUACAUCAGGACUAGCUAAGACAAAACGCCCACCUGCAAACAUUAAAUCAAUAACCGCGAAAAGGAAACACCGCACUACUAUGAAAAUCUCAUCUUUAUCAGAAAAAGAGACACAUCCCACUCCCAAAAGACGUACAUCUUUACCAGCAAAGAAAAAACGUCCAGUUUUAAAAAAUGCAUUAAUAACAAUGAAAAAGAAACAACCAACACCAAAGAAAAUCACACCAAUACCAGCAAAGAAAAUAACAUUAAUACCAGCAAAUGAAAAACACAACACUCCUAAGAAAAUUACACCAGUAAAACCCAAGAAGAAAAGUCAAGCUUCGAAGGAAAUUACAUCAAAGAAGAGCGAAAAUCCUUCACCUGAUGACAUUAUACAAAUACAAGUAAAGAAAAGCUCUACUUCUGACAACAUUAAAUCAAUACCAGAGAGAAGACGUCCAUCUAAGUUUCCAUCAAAAACCACCAAAGGUCUACACAGAAACCGUACAUUCAAGCCGAAAGCAGACAUGUCAGAAACUAUAUCAUCACCUACGCAUUUUACCCGAAAACAUAGACGUAGAAAGUUCAGAAAAAUCAAAGCAGGUCCAAGACGCAUAAAGAGGCCCAAAAAGAAAAGAAUUUCUGCAAAGAAUGUUGCAACUAAAUAUAAAAGACCUCGAUCUUCAUUCAGAAAGAAUCAGAAGAGACUUAAAAAACAACUGUCACAAAACCCUGAUAUUUCCAUUAAUAAACGAAAAAGAAAGAAGCAUCAAUUUACAAAAGUAUCAGAAAAUAUAAAUAACGAUCGGAGUUUAGCUGCAGACCAUCUAAUAAAAGAUACCUCUAACAUAAUAAAUGACGCAGAUGUUUCAACACAUCAUUUAGUGACAACUGGAGUAAGAGAGCAACAUUCAAAAGAAACCCAAGGACUUAAGAAAAACAAAGAAAAUGCAGUUCCUCAGCUGCUGAAUGAAUCCAAUACGUCCCAUGACAACGAGGAAAUGGAUAAAUUACAAGAAAUUAAUAAACCAUUCUUGGAAAACAAAACAAUACAGCCACAUCAUAUGUUUACUGAACCAAAUCUUUCAACACAAACUCCGCAACCUGAACAGUUCGAAAAACCAAAUUCAAAAGCAUGGGCCAGUAUUCCAGGUUUAAAGAUACCGAUUGAUGAUGUAAUAUUACCAUUUGACAAACCUUUGCCAAUCAUCGACAAACAGAUAUCUGGCAAUGAAGAAAGAAAAUACAAAACAUUUUAUCCAAAAUCAAAAAUAAAAGGAGUUCAUCAUUUUGGAAAAUUUAGAGAUGUUGUAAAUACCAUGUGGUCUGGAAAUACGUUUGACAGAGAGCAUGGCGGCAUCUUGGAAAAUUCUGAUUCGUUAUCUAAGUCUGAAUUGAAUUCAGAAAGAGCUUCUCAAGUCGAUACAAAGAUAAAUCGCCUAGCAUCGAUACUCGGUCAGUCUAAUCACAGAAGGAAAAGAGCCACUGGAAGCUACAAUGUGGAAGUAUUUGUCAUAAUUGACUUCCCAAUAUAUAACUUCUGGCUGAGGGAAGAAAAUUCUAAUAGCGAUAGAGCACUACAACGAGUCCGAGAGUAUUACACAUUUUUGUUGUUAGGAGUAGAUAACAGAUUUAAGAAAAUGAGUGCAUCUUACAGAAUUGGAGUAAACCUAGUAGGCAUAUAUGUAGCUAAGAGGUCAUCUGAUCUUAGUUUUAUCCAGAACCAUCUUUCAAGUGGCAUUUUAAAUGCUGAUACCGCUCUCUCUGCGAUGAAGCAAUGGGUGCAGACAAAUGGAAUACCUAGGCACGAUCAUAUCAUGACUUUUACAAGGUAUGACAUGCGCAGUGGAUCGUUCGAUACGUCAGGUACUGCUUACCUGAAUUCCAUUUGUACUACUAGAUCAAACUCUAUAGUGGAAGAAAGGUUUGAUUUUAUUGCAGCUACAGUUGCCGCUCAUGAGAUUGGACAUGCUUUAGGCGCAGUUCAUGACGGAGAUAACAACAGGUGUUCAGCAUCAAGUGGAUUCAUUAUGGUGUCCAUCAGUCAGGCUUUGAGACCCCCUAACCAAAAAAGUCCAUGGCAAUUUUCUUCCUGUACUUCCAGGGAAAUUGGUUUAUACUUAGAUGAGUUAAAUAAAAAGGGUUCUCAUUGUAUGCAACGGACACAUCCUAGUGCUAAAAAUUUCAAUGCUGGAUCGGUAAAAAAGCUAGGUCAGACAUUCAACGUUGAUAAACAGUGUGAAUUUAUAAUCGGAAAAGGUUCUUAUGCAUGCAGAUCUUUUAUAGGCAACAGCGAGAAUGUGUGCACUGGACUGUGGUGUAAAUCAGCUGACAUGUCCUCUACACGAUGUAUAUUAGGCUUACCUGCAGAGGGGACAACGUGUGGACCUAACAAAUGGUGUAUUGGAAGCAGCUGUGUAUUUGAUUCCAGAGCUCCGAGUCGAGGAACAGCUGACUGUGCAUUCGGUGAUAGUCCAGGCCUUGUAUUAAGAGGGAAAACGUGUACCAAUUUACUGAGAGCAGAGCCUUUCCAAUGUUAUAGCAAUUCGAUCAAGAAAAACUGCUGUGAAAGCUGUGAGAAAGUUAAAACUGGAAUUCCUAAUUGCGAUUACGGCGAUAAGAGUACAGACUGCCAAAGAGCAAAAUCACUUGGACAAUGUUCUAGAUUCAGGAGUGUAUGCUGUCAGACUUGUAGAAAUUCUUAAUAAAUUAUUUUGUUUUAUAUUG